AUGUCAGCAAAAGCUGCAUUUCCUUCCAUCAAGCACUUUUGGAAACAAGGUCUUUUCUUAACGGUGGUGGCAGUCACCUCUGCUUAUUUCGUUAAAUCCAAUGUUACCAUUCGUCGUAGAAAACAAUACAUCAAAGAGGCUUCAUCUUAUGAUUCAUUGAUGCAAGAAAGGGUUAGAGAAAGAUCUGGAGAUUCCAUAUCUACUGUCAAACCUGGAUUCCCCUUAGAUGAUGGUAUAGAAAGAUAUCAACGUAAGAGUGAAUAUGAAGGUGCUGGGUUGAGUUACAGAUCAAGAAGAACCGGUGAUAAGUUCACUAUAUCACACUUUUUCACGGACUAUAGCAACGACAGCAACAGCAAAAAGGAUAACUGA